AUGCUGUUUUGCUUUCCGAUUGUGGCCGGGGCGAGCGGCGCGGGCAUUGAGCCAUGGGGGGAGGUGCCAAAGAAUGUACAAGUUCGGUUCUCUCCCGAUUCGCGCGGUGUUGUCAGGGUCUCCGGAGACAGGCCGACAAUUCUUGCUCCCAACGUGGCUAUUAGGUUGACCUCCCCUGAUGAAAUCGAGAACAAGCCGUUUGAUCGAGAUGGAGGAGCUGUUGUGUAUCUUGAGCCUAAUGGCGGAAGUGGACUUCGUGUAGUCCGCGAAGAGAAAUGGGUUCGAAGAGAGGCCGUUUUUCGAAAGGUGCCCGCUGAUAUUCCGGAGGCAGUUGGAAGGGUCUAUCCAUACUUCAAGGUUGAAAGCUCAAGGCGUUUCAUCUACGACGAUCAAGGGCGGAUAGAGUCGGUGAUUCUUGAUGAUUCAGGUGGCAGAUCCCAAGUCCAGUUCUGUGCGCUUUAUGACGCCGCAGGAAGGGUCGCGGUUGCCACUUCGACAGAUAACAAUCCGGUGUCGUUUGAUCACGACUUUAACUGUGAGACUCUGCGGGGCACUCCUUCGCUGAGUAUGACGGAAUAUUUCCAAUACGGAAAUGACGGGGCGUUGAAGAGGAAACUUUCAAAAUCGCUGGUGCAGCCUGGACAGUCGCAGGAGUCCGGCGCCGGGGCGGAGGAUCGGGCCGUUGAAGACGGAUCCUGGCGAGGGUACGGGGAGCUGUACUACGUUAAUGGUUCGAAUGGCGUGGGGUAUGAUUCGUUGGUUUUCGGGAUGAGUGAUGCGCGCGGGAUUGAGUAUUUUGAGACCACGAAUUUCAGUGUCGCCUCGUCCGACGUGACGCCUGUAUUCGCGCAUCGCAGCCAGGAGGCAUCGCAUAAGUUGCGCUAUACCUUCACUGGUGAGCGUGUGCCACCCGAUCUCGCUAAGGGUCUCCUUGAGGGGGUUGUAGGGUAUGCUCGUGUCCGCCAGUAUUACCACAGCACCGGUCAGCGUGUUUUCGAAGUUUUCGCUCCUGGCGCAAAGUACCCCCGUGAACGUCAGUGGCGCACGCUGGAUCUGAAUCGUCAGGAAAACUACGACGCAAAGGGCAAGCUCACGCGCGUGAUCCUGUCCGGCCCUGUCUCUGGUGACGCCUACACCGAGAACCUGCGCGCCUACGCAGACAAGGGCGUAUUGAAGCUCACGCCCCUCACCAGCGGUUACAGCUCUUACCGCGUGUACGACUAUGACGCUGCCGGUAGAGAGACUCUGUCGUUCGUGUGCUGGCGCUACGAAGUCUCGACCAACAAGCCUUACGCCCAUUUCCCCUGGUGGGAGCCCGAUCCUCGGCCCAAGCGCAGUCGUGAAGCCGAACUGCAGUACGGCAGGACGCAGGUCGGUACACGCUGCGGCACGCCGGACGGCAAGAUGAGCGUGGAGGGAAUGGGCCCGGUGAAGAAGCUGAUGGAAACCAAGUACGGGUUUGGGACGACCAAGCUGGGAUUGCCGGGCGACGAUCCGCUGGUGGCGGCCAUCGCCGCGCGCAUCCGUCGCGCCAUCGUGGCCGGACAGGGCUUCCAUGUGUACAUCACCUUGCCCGUGCAUCCGGAAGGCAGCCUGUUCGACGGUGCCGUGCUGAAGCAGCAGUACUGGGUGCAGCAGACCCUGUUGCGUGGCGACGACAGCCUGAUCCGCCGCAUCUGCCGUUCACUGAUCGCGCGCGACAAGGACAUCCGCGAGGCGAGCGUGGAAGAGGCCGACCUGCAGGCAGAGGUGAAGGCCGGGCGCUGGAAGGAAUAUCUGUCGGUAAUGAACCUGAGAAGUUAUGGGGUCCUGGCCGACAUCAACCACAAGAACCACUACACACCGCAUACGAUCGGCGCGGAUCAGGCCACCCCCUUGUACGUGGUGACCGAGCAGUGUUACGUACACUCCAAGCUGCUGAUCGUGGACGACGCUGUGGCCAUCAUUGGAAGUGCGAACUGCAACGACCGCAGCCUGCUGGGCACGGGUGACACCGAGAUAGCCGCAGUGAUCGUGGAUGGUGCGGCCAAGUCGAUGGACCUGGGCAAUGGCGUGCAGGUCGACAAACCGGCAAGUGCCAGAACUUGGAUGGGAAUCAGGCAGCUUGCGGAUGCCAAUUCCGAAGCUUAUCAGCGUGUUUUCACGAAUGUCCCGCGCGACUCUUUCCCUCGCUACGACUCUGUGUUUCAUGGAUUUCCGGCGGCAGGUCUUAGUGACAAAGGGCACGUCAGGCGCAUGCUCUACGCGCAGCCGGCAGAUCUGCAGUCAGAUUUCAUGAAGGAGCCAAGUGUUGUGAACGACUACGUGACCGAUGCAGUGGGGCGGCAUGAUGUGCGUAAGGCGACGGAUUUUCUCAGAGGUACCGCAACGCGCCGCGGGAUUCAGGGUUUCUGGGUGACCAUGCCACUCCUCUGGGGGAGUGACAUGGACGAUCCGGCUGCCGCGAUGCCGAGCGAGAUCAUUGCAGCCCUGCCUGUUCAGGGGGAUAGGUCAAGUGAAUUGGCAUACUCGACUCGACAUGCUGCCUUGAGUCAAGGAGAAAAGGUGUGA